CAUUUUUUGAUAGUAUAAUAGGAGACUAAACAAACACACCGAAGUACCCCAGGAUAACAAUCAAAUUUGCCUUCAAAUUCUUGCAUUACUUGACCGAGAAAUGCAACGUUAAUACAUUAUUUGUCUGUCUGAGCUUUCAGCCACCAGAUAAAACAAAACGACAACCAAAAAAGAAAAAUAAACCAAUGGAGUAUAUCCUUGUUAGAUAGCAAACACUUUCAAAUAACCAAAAUCCAAACAGCAUGACUAGUGUCAAGUGUGUAUAUGCUUCCAAUAACCCUGGCUCCUAGUUCAUGCUUUUCUUCCCCUUUUAAUUAUCAUCGAAAAUUCAAAUCAGAGCUGUGUUUUAACUGUGAUUGAUCAGAUCAAAUUACUCGUUACCCUCACGGAUUACUUAUGAAAGUUGUGGUCUUUUGUUGACCAAAUCUUGGGCACAAAACUGAAAACUAACUCAUUUCUGCAGUCCAGGUGUUUUUCAAAAGACUAUGGUAAUGGAAAUUGUGGUCUCCGUGGUGUUGCUGUUAGUGGGUAUAGCUGUUUUGGUGUUCAUUCAUGUUUGUAUAGUUGGGAGAGCUUUCGGUAACAGAAAUGGCAUCAAUGGUGCAAUUUUUAAUCCAAGAAGUGUGAAUAGAAGUAUGUCACAAGAGGACAUAAAGAAAUUGCCCUGUUUUGAUUACAAAGUGGAAGGUGUGAGAGAGAGUACAAGCCCAGUGGAUUGUGCUGUGUGUUUAGAGAAUUUUAAGGUGCUUGUCCAAUUUGUAGAGCAAGUGCUAAAUCGCCAGUGGAAACAGAGGAACAAAGCAAUAAUGCUAGUGAAGUUGCACUUGAAAUGACUUAAAGGUAACAAUAAUUUUUUUUUUUUUUGAAGUAGGGACUGGGGAGUGGGUAGUAUAUUUUGAUUUACUCCCUCCGUUCACUUUUAUUGUUCACUUUAAACUUUUCAUAUUGUUUAAGAAAUAAUAAAUUGAGUACAUAAUUUAUCAAUGUAUCCAUAUUAAUUGAUGCAUAUUUUUAUUGAAUUUGAAAAAUGAUUUGAAGUGAAUAAUUAAUACUAUAAGUAAACAAAAAAAAUAAAUUACUUUCUCUUGAUAUGCUAAAAGUGAUAAGUAAAAGUGAAAAUUUAUUUUUAAAAUACUGAACAAAUAAAAGUGAACGGAGGGAGUACAUUAUAAAUUGUGGGGAAAGAGAAAAGGAUGAGAAGUUCUGUUUCAGAUAGGAGUAUUUGAUUGCUAGUGUUGAUUCCUUUCUAUAGCCAUGUAUUCUUUUUUAGUUUUUCUUUAUCCAAUUGUAAGCAUUUGGUUCAUUGUAAUUAAUGUUACCUUGUUGUCAAGUAUCCAAUUUCUUUUGUUCUGCUC